UCAGAAGGACAAGGCUCUUGUGGCAUGACGACGACAAACAAAGGAAAUAAAGCCUUAAAGGUGAAGCGAGAGCCAGGAGAGAAUGGCACCAGCUUGACAGAUGACGAGCUGGUGACCAUGUCGGUGCGGGAGCUUAACCAGCAUCUCCGGGGGCUCACCAAGGAGGAGAUCCUGCAACUCAAGCAGCGGCGGCGCACUCUGAAGAAUCGGGGCUACGCCGCCAGCUGUCGGGUGAAGAGAGUUACCCAGAAGGAAGAGCUGGAGAAGCAGAAGGCUCAGCUGCAACAGGAGGUGGACAAACUGGCCAACGAGAACGCUUCCAUGCGCCUGGAGCUGGACGCUCUCAGGUCCAAGUACGAGGCCUUACAGACCUUUGCCAGGACUGUGGCCAGGAGCCCCACCGUGGGGGUCGGAGUUCGGGCUGGAGGGGGAGGAGGAGGGGUGGCAUCAUCUGUCAUCGGUCCACUUAUACCUGGGAAGGCGGCAACGGCGACGAGUGUUAUCACGAUAGUCAAGUCCAAAACAGAUGCGCGCUCUUGA